UUUUUGUGUUUUUUUUUUUCUUUUGUCUUUCCGCUCCACAUAUUACUAUGUUACCUCUUACACCUUUACGACAAAUCACUCGAAGACUCGUUCAUACUGAAUCUAGUUCCUCUAUCCCUGCACCAAGAGGUGCAAUUAAGGAUGUCAAUGACUUUAUGAAAACUAUUGGACGAGGUUGUGAAGAAUUCAGUGGCAAGUUCGAGACUUGGGAAUCUUUGUUUACUACCGAAAGCCGAGUGAUGAAAACGGAUAUGGGAAUUCCUACCAAGCAACGAAAGUAUAUUUUGAGUUGGUUGGAACAAUACAAGAAUGGAGUUGAACCCAAGGCGAUUGGUAUAUCCAAAAAGAAGAAAUAGGAUACAUGUAGAUUAGUUUUUUACUGUAGAUUUUGAAUAUUAUAAUAAAAAAAAAAAAUAGAGAUUAUUAUAUGGAUUUUACGAAAUA